AUGACCGUUGGCAAUGGCCCAAUGUCGAUGGUCGUCCAAGGCGCCGCCUUGGUGAGCCUAAUCUGGAGCUGCACCGUCUUCGUUGUCCAGGCCAUCGGAAUCUCGCAGCUCUUCCGCCACCACUCCGGACCGCUCCCGAAGCCCGUGUCGCCGUCCCUCGAACCAGAUGAGGUUCCUCACAUCACCGUCAUUCGCCCGGUCAAGGGCGUCGAGGUCGGCCUCUACGAGUGCCUCGCAUCGACCUUCCGCCUCGCCUACCCCAAAUCGAAGCUGACCAUUUACCUCUGCGUCGCCUCCACCGAUGACCCGGCGUAUCCGGUCCUACAGCAGCUCGUCGCGGACUUCCCGGGCUUCGACGCAAAGGUCCUCGUCGAGGAGGACGAUCCGCUGCUACACGGCACUGGGGGCCACGUCAACAACCUGGGCCCGAACCCGAAGAUCCGCAACAUCAGCCGCGCAUACCGCGAAGCCAAGGGCGACAUUGUCUGGAUCGUCGACUGCAACGUGUGGGUCGGCACAAACUCGGCCGGGCGGAUGGUGGACAAGCUCUGCGGAUUCCUGCCCGACGGCAGCAGGACCACGCCCUACAAGUUCGUGCACCAGCUGCCCCUCGUCGUCGACAUCGACCCGCUGCCAACCGCCGAAGAGCGGCAGCGCCUCCUCCCCACCACUCACAACGCCAGCCCGCCGACCGACCGCACUCCCCGCGGCAUCCUCUCCCACUUCGGCGGCCGUCUCGAAGAGAUGUUCAUGUCCACCACCCACGCCAAGUUCUACAGCGCCAUCAACACCGUCGGCGUCGCCCCCUGCAUCAUCGGCAAAAGCAACAUGUUCCGCAAGUCCCACCUGGACCUGUUCACCGACCCGGCCCGCAACCCGCUGCUCUCCCCACGCGACGCCGCCCGCGGCCGCGGCCUCGACUUCUUCUCCUCCUACAUCUGCGAGGACCACCUGAUCGGCGACCUGAUCUGGCGCUCGCGGCUGCCGCCGCAAAGCUCCGACGACGACGGCGGCGCCCCUGCCCCCCGCUUCCGCAACCACGGCCUGGUCUUCGGCGAGCCGGCGCUGCAGCCCAUGGCGGGCAUGUCGGCGGCGGGCUACGUGGCGCGGCGGGUGCGCUGGCUGCGCGUGCGCAAGUGGACCGUGCUGGCCGCCACGCUGGUCGAGCCGGGCGUCGAGCCGCUCGUGUGCUGCGCGCACCUGGCCUUCGCGCUCACGACGCUGCCCUGGUUCCGCGGCGGCGACCGGGGGUGGGGCGCGGGUGUCGGCGUGCCGCCGACGUGGCGCGCCAUGGCGCUCGUGUGGGCGCUGGCCGUGACCGCGUGGAUGCUGGUCGACCGCUGGGUGAGCGGCGAGCUGCGGCGGCUGCGGAGCGUCGACGUGGAUGAGCACACGCCGGCCUUCGCGCGGGGCGCGGGCCGCCCCGGCGGCAUCCCGCAGCGGCCGUUCGGCGAGUGGCUGGCCGCCUGGGUCGGGAGGGAGGUGCUGGCGCUGCCCAUCUGGACGUGGGCGGUGCUGCUGGGCACGACAGUGACCUGGCGGGGCCGGCGGUUUCGGGUGCGCAUGGACAUGAGCGUGGUGGAGGUCGGGGGUGGGACGCGCGAGUCGUCCGCGCCGGGCUCGAAGGUGACGAGCCGUCCUAAUUCCCGUAAUAAAGACCGUAUAGACUAG